GAUAUGUUAAAAAUAUUUUACUGAAGCUCAGUAUUGGAUUUACCUCGAGUAUUUAAUCAGCUUGCAGAAGUAAUUGAGAAUGAGAAGGUCAAUUAAGACAAUAGCAAACUCAAAAGACUUCAAGAAAUACUUUCCUUGGCUGCUUUUUAUCAUAAUUCUUCGUUUUAUCGGUAUGAGAGAUAGCAUAUGGAAUCAGAACACAUAUAUUGUCAAAUCCUUACCUGAAAACGUUUAAUCUCUAUUGAACAACGGGCAAACGUGGAAGAACAGCAAUUCAAGCAGUGUAAAAAUUCACGUCAAAUCAAAUCACCAAAAUAAACGUUUUAUCUACUUAGUACGAACAGAGUCUUGUUUAUUGGACAAUCUUCUUAACCCACAAAUGUUUGGACAUAAAUCAAAACACGAUGUUCUUGUGCUGUCUUGGAAAAGCAUUUGUUCUACAACUCAAUUCUCCACGCCUAGUUACAACAUUAGCUACAUCUUUAGACCUGGUACAACUUGGAGUUCUGGAAGGAACAUUCUGUACGAGUUGGCAAUGAAUUCUGCGCAAUCCUACCUCUAUUAUAUUUUUUUGGAUGGAGAUUUAUCGUACCAUUUCUCAAAUUCCGAUUUUGAAAAGACGUAUCGUCAGUCUAAUACGUCAUUGGAAGUGUUUGAGUAUUUUCUUUUGAAAUACGAGCCUCCGUUAUGUUAUUAUAAUUAUGAAAUUUUUCCUUUCUGUGAAGUAAUACCUGUUUCAAUUUAUUUCGACGCUGCUUUUAAUGCUUUUCACAAGGACGCCAUAAAAUUCAUACUUCCGUAUCGAUUAAUAUACGAAAAGGAGAGUUGGUGGGAAAGUCAAAAAUUUGUGAUUAUUGCCGCUGAUAUAAUAUUUCGUGGACAAGUACUGACAAUUCUUCCAGUUGCUACUGCAAAUAUAAUGCACAGGGAAUACCCCAGAGUCAAUAGAGAUAAUUGGGACAACAUUUAUGACAUGUUGCUAAAGGAAGCGCCAAAAGAAUAUGGUAUAAUUAAGGACUUCAAGCCUUCAUAUACAACUGUGAGUACUAAGCCUGUUGUAAGAAAUGACACCGUUUAUACUCCAUAUAUGAACGUGGAAAUUCCAAAACAUCGAAUUAAAGUUGAACCGUACAAAAGAUUUAAACAUUUAUAUGUUUAGGUCAACUCCACUGAUAUAGAAAUAAGACUGGAUCAAGCAUCUAGCACAAAAGUUGAAGACAAAAAAUAAUGAGCGCCGCCAUUACUAAGGAACCAACUUUCGAAAAUAAGGAGCAAAUAUAUUGUGCAUUUAUACCAGAAUAAUCAAGAAUUUUCAACAUAUAACUGCAUGAACAAAAAACACGAUGAAAUAUGAUGAAAUAUGAUCAAAAUGCAGCGAUUUUUGUCAUCGGUAACUCUACUUUGGUAUAGAAAAGCUAUGGAAAAUAGCCUAAAACUGCAUGAAAAUACCUAAUAUUGUUGGAAUCGCAUUUCAGAAGUACAAACUGAUUAAAUAAUCUCAUUUAAAAACAUAAAGUGAUCAAUCCUUUAAAAUUACAAGCCUUUUUUACGAGUGAUUCGGAGUGAAACCUGCAUACGUUUUGUUUUAUACGGCAGAAUAUUCUUUCCGACUUGCUUUACUGUCGUAACAAAGGUUGUUUUUCAUCUUCGGCGUUAUCCUAAAGCAUAAUUUGACCAUGUGUUGCUAUAUUUUCCAUAGUUUUGUUAAAAAAUCUUUCAAUGUGUUGGUCCCUUAGUAAUGGCGGCGGUGGCUUCAAAAUUUGGUUACUACAAUGUAGAGUUGCUUGAUCCAGUCUUUUUUCGAGAUCACUGGUCAUCUCUGCUAGGUUAAAUGCUUAAGUUGACACAUCACACGUUGAAAUGUUGUAAAAAAGUGACAUCUUGUAAGCUCUGCCAAGUGAUGAUGUCAUCAUUUUUUUGUUGUGAUUUAAUAGUUAAAAUUAAGAUUACAGCUUUUCACAUUAA